UAUAUUUACGUCCUUGCAUUAAUGGAUAGUGCAAAACUGCAAAAUGAGACGGAGUUAUUUAUAUAUUUCAUUACUUAGAGUGGUGCAUGUUCCAUUGUUGCCACAUGAGCAUAGAAAUGAUAUAGUUUUAUACCUUGAAACAUUUAUUAUCUUUUAAGUAUCCAUAUAAUAUUCAUCAACUGAUCACUAUUUAUCACAAAUCCUAUCAAAACAUGUUACUGUAGGUCACGGCACAUAUGAACACCACCGUCAAAGUUUAUAUGGAACUCUUUUUAUAUAUGGAAUUCUUAUUACUCUCCCGCUCAUUAUAAGGUGCAGAAUAGAAUACGAAGAAAAAUAAUGAGAAUGUUAAUGCACUUGCUUUUUGUGAUGCUUGGGGUUGUAACUAGUGGGCUCCUGGUUCAAACCCAGUUUCAAUCAGGAUUCAUUAGCAUAGAUUGUGGGCUACCCGAAGGAAAGGACUAUACUGAGAAGAGCACAGGAAUUAAUUACAUUUCAGAUACUAAUUUCAUUGAUUCAGGUGUGAGCAAAAUGGUAUCCAAUGAAGAUAAGAUUACUCACCAACAACAGUUUAGUUACCUGAGGAGCUUUCCCAACGGUAUGAGAAACUGUUACAAAAUUAGUGUGACAAGUGGCAUUAAAUAUUUAAUCAGAGCAAGUUUUCUGUAUGGAAACUAUGAUGGUCUAAAUGAGCCUCCACAAUUUGAUAUUCAUCUCGGGUCUAAUUUGUGGGACACAGUGAAACUAACCAAUGCAUCACAGAGCAGUUACAGAGAACUGAUGCACACUCCCACACUGAAUUAUGUACACAUCUGUCUAGUUAACACAGGCAACGGGAUUCCUUUUAUUUCUGCCAUAGAGUUCAGGAAUAUGGACUUUAACAAUGUUUAUGAAACUUCCGGAGCUACAACAUUGGCUCGUUUGGCUGGUCUAGAUUUUGGUUCAUUCACCAACCUAACAUACAGGUACAUGGAUGAUUUUCAUGAUCGUUUAUGGGAGCCUUAUUCCAACGACCAGUGGACACAACUACACAACCCUAUUAGCAAUGAUCUACGUUCCAACGAUUAUGAACUGCCAAUUUCAGUAAUCUUGACUGCUGCUACACCAAGAAAUGCUAAUGGUGUCUCCUUAGAUUUCUACUUUGAUGCACUUAAUGAAACUACACAGCAACGGUCCUAUUUUUUUCUGCACUUUGCUGAGGUUCAAAAGCUGGCACCAAAUGAAACUAGAGAAUUCAACAUCGCCAUUAAUGGAGAGUACUUUUAUAAUCUACUUCUAACCGAUCACUUUGUACUUACCAUACCUUAUUCAUCUCCAGAAAAUGUAUUCUAUAAGAAGAAUAAUAUUUCUCUUGUUAAGACAGAAGCUUCUAAGCUUCCACCGAUCAUCAAUGCUCUUGAGAUUUAUCAAGCUAAGGAUUUCUCACAAUUAGAAACUCAAGAAGAUGAUGUUGAUGCUAUCACAAAUAUCAAGAAAGUUUACAGGGUGGCCCAAAAUUGGCAAGGUGAUCCAUGCGCUCCUGUAGCAUACAUGUGGGAGGGUCUAAAUUGUAAUUUUAAUGGCACCCCAAGAAUCACAUCCUUGAAUUUAUCUUCAAGAGGACUCACUGGACACAUAGCAGUUUAUAUCUCAAAGCUUACUAAGUUAGAGUCCUUGGAUUUAUCAAAUAAUAGCUUAAUUGGGGAGAUACCUGUUUUUCUGGUAGAAAACCUGCCAUCGCUUAGAGUCCUAAACUUGCAGAAUAACAACCUCACAGGUCUAAUUCCAAAUGCACUUCUCCAAAAGUCAAGUGAAGGUGUACUAUCACUUAGGUUGGGGCAAAAUCCAAAUCUAUGUGAAUCUGGUCCUUGUGACCAACAGACAAAAGAUAAAAGCAAGGAAAACAAUCCAGUUAUUUAUAUAAUAGCAUCUGUUUCUGCAUUUUUGAUGCUCCUACUGGUAGUUCUUGCAGCAGUUAACAUCAUUCACAUUAAAAAGAGAAAGCUAAAAGAUGAUGUCUACAUUCAUAUGGAAUCUGGUGAUCCUUUGGAAUCCAAGCGCCGACAAUAUUCAUUCGAUGAAGUUGUUAACAUGACCAAUAACUUCGAAAAAGUCCUCGGUAGAGGUGGAUUUGGAACAGUUUACUAUGGCAUUAUUGAUGAUAUUCCAGUAGCUGUCAAGAUGCUUUUGCAAUCAUCAGUACAAGGAUAUCAGGAAUUUCUUGCAGAGGUUAAAUUUUUUAUGAGGGUUCACCACAGAAACCUGACUUCUCUGAUUGGAUACUGCAAUGAAGACGACAACAUAGGGCUCAUCUAUGAAUAUAUGGCAAAUGGGAACCUCAAUGAACAUCUUUCAGGAAAAACUACCCGGAAAAAAUUCUUAACUUGGGAGGACAGACUCCAAAUAGCAGUGGAUGUAGCCCAAGGAUUGGAAUAUCUGCAUAGUGGUUGCAAGCCACCUAUAAUCCACAGAGAUGUAAAAUGUACAAACAUUUUGUUAAAUGAAAACUUUCAAGCAAAAUUGGCGGAUUUAGGCCUCUCCAAAAGCUUCAUUUUCAGUGGAGACACACAUGUGUCCACUAUGGUUGCUGGAACUCCUGGCUACCUUGAUCCAGAGUACCAAACAUCAAAUAAAUUAACAGAAAAAAGUGAUGUGUAUAGUUUUGGAGUAGUUCUUUUGAAGAUAAUCACAGGUGAAGCAGCAGCAGCAUCAAAAGCACAUAACAAUGCUCACAUAAGUCAGUGGGUGGGUUCUGUGGUUGCUAGAGGGGACAUAGAACGUAUUGUAGACCCAAGCUUAGAAGGAGAUUUCGACAUUUAUUCUGCAUGGAAAGCAGUUGAAGUAGCAAUGGCAUGUGUCUCUAUUAGUUCUAAAGAAAGGCCGUACAUGAGAGAUGUUUUGGUGGAGCUAAAGGAGUGUUUGGCGGUGGAAUUAGCUCGGAAAAAUGGCGCCAAAGAUUCAAAUGAGUUGGUUACCAUGAAUCCAGUUACUGAAAUUAGUCCCAUAGCUAGAUAGUUAAUAAAUAAUUCCUUCCUAAUCUAGCUAGUGCUUAAAAGAAACGGAAAAGCUCUGCAUACAAGCCAUGUAUGCUUUACAAGUUUAUUAAAUCAUAAAUUUAAAAUACUCGCUCCUCCAGCUACGUUGAUUACACGCGCUAUAUAAUAUGCCGCGUAUAUUUAACUUCCAAAUUUAAAAUAUUUAUUUCCUUCUUCGUUUUCGUUAUCUUGAGAUUUGGUUGUUCUUCUUCUCGCGCGUUUUCCUCAUUCUUCUCCAUCGAUCUUUUCCUCUUCUUUUUUCACUGGUAUGUUCUUCGUUUACGUUCUCUUUUUCUCUCUCUGCAACUCGAGCUUCGUUUUCUCUCUUGAUUUGUUGUUUUCUGAAAUCAAAGUUCGAACUCGUUUUGAAGAUAAUGGAUCCUUCAAGCUCAGAUUCUGCGCUGAAUCCAGGCGAUGUGGAUUAUGAAUUUGAAUCUAACGAAGUUCCUGAGCCUCUCUCUGUUGUUGAUGACGAGCUUGUUCCGAAGGUCGGAAUGACCUUUACGACCCUUGAAGAUGCCGGAAAAUUUUACAGGAACUACGCGAAGGCUGCAGGUUUCUCUACAAGAGUUCGGUGCACAAAUAGGAAGGGAAACGAGAUUAAGAAUCAACUGAUUACAUGUAGCAGAGAGGGAAAAUGGAAAUCUAAAAUAUCUCCAACCGAGAAGACCAAUCCGACAGCCGGUUUAAACUGUCCUGCAAGAAUUUAUAUACACACAUUGAAGGAUGUCGGUGCUAGGAUCAUUUCAAAGGUUGUGCUGGAUUAAGCUGGCCUUUUGGGCCGACGCAAGAAGCAGAGCCGCCUGUGAAUAUUUCGGAGACGUCAUUUCAUUCGACACCACCUACAAUACAAACAGGUAUAAUUUGGUCUGUGGUUCUUUUGUCGGGGUGAAUCACCACGGUCAGUCAACACUUCUCGGAUGCUCUUUGAUGAAGAACGAAGAAAUUGAAUCAUUCAAAUGGUUAUUUCAAUGCUGGCUUCGUUGCAUGGGAGGAAACGCUCCGAAAGGGUUUCUCACCGAUCAGUGCGCAUCAAUGAAAAGGGCUUUAGAGGCCUGUAUGCCAACAACAGUUCACCGCUGGUGUAUUUGGCACAUCAUGAAGAAGAUUCCAAGCAAAUUAAACGGGUACAAGGCACACGCCGAUAUCGAACAACAAAUGAGCCAUGUUGUUUGGAACUCUCACAGCAAAGACUCAUUCGAUAGGAAUUGGAACGAUUUUCUGGUGAAUUUUGGUCUUGCGGACAACAAGUGGCUCUCAGAUCUGUACGAAGACCGUCACAUAUGGGUUCCUAUCUAUCUGGACCACCACUUCUGGGCAGGGAUGAGAAGCACACAAAGGAGCGAGAGCAUGCAUUCAUUUUUUUAACAAGUACAUCACCCGUAACAGCUCGCUCAUUCAGUUCGUCAAACAGUACGAUAAUUGCCUAGGAAGCAGGGAGCAAGCAGAGAGAGAAUCAGAUGCUGCAGAUUUUCAUACGGUCAUACCGUGUGCAACCAAAUCCUCCAUCGAAACUCAGUUUCAAGAUGCGUACACCCAAGCAAAGUUUAGGGAAGUCCAAGCCCAAUUCAGAGGAAAGGCGAAUUGCAUCACGAGAUUAAAGAAUUCCGCUCUAGGCUAUUCAGUAUACGA